GCUCCAUCGUCUCCGACUGGCAGCCCCAUCGCUCCCAACCUGCCGCACGUCGCGCCUUCAGGAUAAACAUUUCCCGGGCGCGGGCUCUGCCCACACACGCGAUUUCCCUCGAGCAGGAGACACGGCUCCCGGCGGGGGGUUUGCGUCGGGGUGAGAGCCGAGCUCCGUGGGGAAAAAAACCCGCCUUGGGAGUGACGGGAUUUGGGAAAGGGACGUUGACGGGAGCUGGGCAAGCGGGAGGUGCGGGAUUAGUCCUGCUGCCGGCAAGCUGGGGCUGAACAAGGUCCGGAUCCAUCGCCUUCUGCCUCUAACCCUAAAGCGUAGGUGGCCAUCGUUCCGUGAGAGGGGUCUUAAAAUAAUUUAUGCCUGGGAUACCCCAGGGAUGCUGCCCGCAGCAUGGCGCUACCUGCGGCACGGGAGCCCCUGGGCGCUGCACCCCUCAGCUCAUCGCCAUCUGGUUGGUGAUAAAAUUCGCUUGAAGACGUUUGCCCUUUCCAUCCCCUUUUCCCGUUCUUCCCACGGUGCUUUUUAGCAGCCGGCCGAUCCCUCUGGGCUGGCACCAGGGUUGUUGCCUUCCCCACGAGCUUCUUGGCACGUGCCGGAUGGGAACCCACCAUCCCUGAUGGGAACCCAACUCCCUGCAGGGGCCCCAGCAAUGGCACGAGCGGAGCGCAGGACAGGCAGGAACGUGGCCGGCUGAUUUCGGUUCUGCCAUCAUCCGUCCCCAGCCCCAUCGCUGGCAUUUGUCCCUGGGAUGGUGUGGGGCUGGGGCUGGAGGCCGGCACAUAUCCAGAUUUGGGAGUGUGCAGGACAGACGAGGGCCAUGUGAUGGAGGAGAGCGCGUGGGGAAGGCACAGAGACACCCCAAGGUCACCCGUCCGAAAACACCCCCUGGCUCACGGGGUCCAGGGAUGGGGCUUUUCGGGAGGGAGGGAGGUGCCCACUGCAGCCCAGGCCAGGAAGGGGACUUGGAGAAUUGCUUGGGGACUUGCACAUCCCACCGGCACCCCGGGCACAGCCAGGCCAGGAGAUAUUUCAAUUCAAAUCCCCAGACACCUCCCAACUGUGAGUCCCACCCGGGGGGGGGCUCAUCUUCACCCUCCAAACACCCCACUGACCCCGUAGCCAGCUCCCGUCCUCCACCCAGCACCAGACAUCUCCAUCACCGGUGCCCCAGCCCCACCGGCUCCGGGAGCCCCCUGGGAUACCCCCCGUCACCGUGUCCUGCCGUGGGGAGAGGGGACAGGGCAUCGCCACCCCAAAGCCUUAAUUCCCGGUGUUCCGGGGCUGCCAGGAGCAGAUCUCUGACGUCCUGUGGGACAAAUCCUGUGGGGUGCGGGGCCCGGGGCAUCAGCAGGCUGGGAAACCUCCCCUCCCCCCGGCUAAAUCCCUUCCCCGGCGCAGGACAGUAGGUUACGGGACUCGACCAGAGGUUGGAUUUAAGGAGAUUACAACUUCUCCCCCAGGAUAAUCUAGAAAUUCAAUUAAAACUCUCUGUCUCUUGCCCGGGCUGCAGCAGGGCCACGGGGCACCCCGCGCCCCGCAGCCAUGGACAGGGAGCGCUGGGGAGACCCCCCCGGGGGUACACCAGAGCCUCUCACAGGAUCCGCCUGGUGAAGUGGCAGCCAGGACGUGGAAGCUUGGGACUUCUCUUCCACCGCAACAGAAUUUGGGGGGUGGGCAGGGGUGGGCCAGGGGGACGCCGGGAGUCGCAGGACCCUUCACCUUCACUGUGGGCUUGGCUCAGGGAUGACUGCAGGCAGAGUCAACCCUUACAGCAUCGUGUCCUCCGAGGAAGACGGGCUGAGGUUGACCACCAUGCCAGGUAUUAACGGCUUUGGCAAUGGGAAAAUCCACACCAGGAGGAAAUGCAGGAACAGAUUCGUAAAGAAGAACGGUCAGUGCAACGUGGAGUUCACCAACAUGGAUGACAAGCCGCAGAGGUACAUUGCAGACAUGUUUACCACUUGCGUUGACAUCCGCUGGAGGUAUAUGCUCUUGCUCUUUUCCCUGGCAUUUCUGGUGUCCUGGUUAUUGUUUGGGCUGAUUUUCUGGCUAAUUGCACUCAUUCAUGGAGAUCUAGAAAACCCGGGUGGAGACGAUACCUUCAAGCCUUGCGUUCUGCAGGUCAAUGGCUUUGUGGCUGCUUUUCUGUUCUCCAUUGAGACCCAAACGACUAUUGGUUACGGCUUCCGCUGCGUGACGGAGGAGUGCCCGCUCGCAGUCUUCAUGGUGGUGGUUCAAUCCAUCGUGGGGUGUAUAAUUGACUCUUUCAUGAUUGGUGCAAUAAUGGCAAAGAUGGCCAGGCCCAAAAAGCGGGCCCAGACAUUACUUUUCAGCCAUAACGCGGUAGUGGCAAUGAGAGAUGGAAAACUCUGCCUGAUGUGGAGAGUUGGGAACCUCCGGAAAAGCCACAUAGUAGAAGCCCACGUACGAGCUCAGCUAAUUAAGCCCAGGAUCACAGAAGAAGGGGAGUACAUACCGCUCGACCAAAUAGACAUUGACGUGGGGUUUGAUAAAGGCUUGGACCGUAUCUUCUUGGUGUCUCCCAUCACCAUUCUCCACGAGAUCAACGAAGACAGCCCCUUGUUUGGGAUCAGCCGCCAGGAUUUGGAGACAGAUGACUUUGAGAUCGUGGUCAUCCUGGAAGGCAUGGUAGAAGCCACUGCUAUGACGACGCAAGCUCGGAGCUCCUACCUGGCCAGCGAAAUCCUCUGGGGCCACCGCUUUGAGCCCGUCUUGUUUGAGGAGAAAAACCAGUACAAAGUAGACUAUUCCCACUUCCACAAAACCUACGAGGUCCCGUCCACCCCCCGUUGCAGCGCCAAGGACUUGGUGGAGAACAAAUUCCUGCUGCCCAGCACCAACUCCUUCUGCUACGAGAACGAGCUGGCCUUCAUGAGCCGUGACGAGGAAGAGGAAGACGACGACAGCCGGGGUUUGGAGGACCUCAGCCCGGACAACAGGCACGAGUUCGAUAGGCUUCAAGCCACAAUAGCGUUGGAUCAGCGGUCAUACAGGAGGGAGUCGGAAAUAUGACUCUUGGUCCUUCCAUUGACUUUUCCGAGGGUAUUUUUUUUCCUCCUCUAAUCUCUUCCCCUACAACCCGCUCAAAUUAUGCAGAACAAUGCAAGUGCCAUAGGAAUGCUUGAGAAAUUAGUAUCGUUCAUAGUUUUCAGUUUCAUCGCAAUAACCACUGAGCGGUCUGCAGGAGGGGACGGCGGCAGGCCACGGCGCGUCUCCCGCGCCCGGCGCCCGCAGCGGGGCCGAUGGCCCUGGGGGGACGGACGGACGGACGGACGGAUGGACGGAGGGACGAACGGACGGACGGAGAGAGGAGGGUCCGUGGGGCGCGGGCAGGCGCUCGCCCCGUGCGGCCCCGUGGGGCUUUGCUCUCCCCGCGGGGAAAACGCCAGCGUUUUCUCGGAGCCGAGCACUGCGAGAUCCAAAAAGAGGAAAUAUCAGGAAACAAAUCUUUCUCUCUCUCUUUCUUUUUUUUUUUUUCCUUUUGUUUUUUAACUGAGCAGCAACGACAACAAAAAAAAAAAAUUGCUCCUUCCAGCAGGUGGUCUGAUUCAGUUGCACAAGAACAACACUUGAAAUAACAUGCAACAUUAACGUACUUCUUUUUAAUUUGGGGGAAAAGUGGGAGGGGAGGGAGGUGAGAGGGUUUUUAAUUUUUUCACCGUACCGUUUGGGAGACUGUUUACCAAAAUAAUAAUAAUAAUAAUAAUAAUAACAAUAAUAAUAAUAACAAUAAUAAUAAUAAUAAUAAUAUUAAAUCUGAAAGAAGUGAUUCAGUAUUUUUUAAAAAUGAACAAGGGAAUGAAUAAGCCACCGGGGUUCUUUGAGGAGGUGACUUGCUGGGCAGAUGCAAGAGCUAGAAGUCAAGACUGCAUCCAGUUUUGGGGGUGUUUUUUUCCCACUGGCAUGGCUUCCUAGGCAGAAAACAGACGUAAGUGGCUGGAGGUCCGUGGCAGCGAAAGUGAGUAGCGUAAUUACUGGCAAAGUAGCUAAUAAGGAAAAGGCAGACUGCGAUAGGAAGAAGCAUUGUAAACACAGUAAUUAGCCAAUUUCUGGAAAUAUCGAUCUUCAGGGUGAAAAGUGGGUCUGGGGCAUCAGCUGCUCGAAGUGUUGGGUCUACCCCAAAAUCUCCAACGGGGAAUUCAUAAGUUUCGCUGUAAGUAGGAUUAAAUAGUGAAAAGCACAAAAAGGAGAGUGGAAAGCUCUCAAAUGUGGGUAUUUUCCCACUUUUCCGAGCAAUUUGGCAUUUUCUCCCUUGAAAAAUCAUUUCAAACGUGGAAAUCAAUGUGAAAGUCAUCUUGUUGAGUUACACUUCUUCUAGCACAGGAGCCGCCGGCAUGCCAGGCUGGGAUUUAUGAAUUCCCCGUUCCCUGGAGAGCCCUGCUUCAGAGGCAGAUGCUUUUCCGAAAACAACAGAUGCCAGUGGAGAAAAACCGCCCCGUCUUGCGCUUCAACCCGUCCCCGCGUCCCAGCCUCAAGGUGGAUUGUGCCUUAGAGAUGCAAACUCAUCCCGCGCCCCGGCCCUCCCCCCCCCCCCCGGCGCCCCGCUCGCAUCCUCCCCUUGGGGUGACAUCCCCAUUGCUCUGCCCCCCGCCGCAGCGCCCGCGCCCCACCCUCCGCUGCGUUUUGGGCUAGCCUUGGUGGCACGACGGUUCAGCUCGUGCCACGGCACAGGGCAAAGCACCCCGUGCUUGGGAAGGCUUUGCUCCUGCCCCGCUCCCCGCCUUCGCACGGAGGGAAGGAGCCGGCAAGGUGCAGGUUGCGGGUCCCUUCCUCCCGGCCGUGCUGCUCUUUGGUGCUCUGCCAGCCAAAAUCUGGCUCCCUGCUCCCCGUGGCCGUGGGAAAGGCUUUGGUACCCGUGGGCAUCCCACACCCGACCCUGGCUGCGGAGCCCCGGCAGCACCCAGCCUCAGGGAGAAGGGGGUCGAGCACGGGGUCCCCGGCAGCGUUUCGGCUGUGACGGGCUCCCGGUGCUUUUCUCCUCCCCGUCCCCAUCCAGGAAGCCGUGUCCCUGGGUGACAACUUGCUGCGGCAUGUCCAAACAUUGGUGGCAGAGGCAGGAUUUGUCCCGAGUCCCCCAUCCCCAUCUCCUUCUUGCAAAAGGCUCUGGGGAGCGGCUGCCCCGGCGUCCCCCCUCCCUGCCUCGCUGCCCUGUGCCCCCCGAGCAUCGUGUCUCGCCAGCCGGCCGCAGGACAGGGACAGGGGCUUCGUCCCCACAGAGUUUCUUCCCACCAGCGUCCAUCACCACCAUCCCGUGCUGCCCACCAAGGGGCUGCUCCGUUUUUGGCAUCCCCUAAAAACCAGCCACGGGGAGAAAACAUCCCCGGGGACAGCGCUGAGAGGGACCGGGCCAUUUCGGCACAGAGUGCCCCCCCAAACAGACUGUCCCCAAAAGCGGGUACAUGUAGGGACGUGCCAUCAGGCCCUGGCCACGAAGUUUGUGUUAUUAUAAGGCAGCGAACACAAACGCCAUCCCAUCGCCGGUCCCUUUGCUCCCUGGGGAGAUGGUUUUCCCGCCCUCUUUUUGUCCCAUUGCAUCUGGGGGGGUGGGAAG